AUGCUAGGUGUGGUGGACCCAGAGUUGGAAAAGCUAGCUCGGUACCGGCGGUCCAAGACGGGCAAACGGAGCAACAACGCUUCGCGGGACUUUCACCGGUAUGUCCACAGAGAUGAGAAGGUCUUCCCUGUAAAGAUUUCGAAAGCUAGAUUUCCAAUCAAGAAGAAGAUCCCCAACAAAUCUGGUCGACGAAUCUCGAAGCAGGAGUUGGUUGAUUACCCCUUCAUCGCUUUGUCUUCCUGGAUGGAGAGUAUCCUUCCAUCGUACCCUCAUUUCUUCUUGGGUGGUCAUUUGCUGGGCCAAUGUCAUGCCUAUGGGGAUAUGCUGGAGGAUUACUGGAACAAGUUUAGGGCCAUUGAGCCCCACCACCCCAUCUUUCAAGACAAGUCCGUCAAUGACAGACGGAGGGCUAUACCAAUCGCAGUGCAUGGCGAUGAAGGGAGGGGCCUGAACAAAGCAUUCGUUCACUACGCGGCUCCUUGCUUCCCUGAUGCCUGCAACUUGGUAUGCGCCAAAGGAUGCUAG